CACCGCCCAGUAGAUGCCUUGUUGAGGAUCGGGUGAGACGUACAUUUUUGAGAUGACUACAUAAAAGAAAAUAUAAAAAAAAAGAAAACCAAAAAAGGGGUACGAAAGCAAAAUUUCUUCAAACCUUAAAGCAGAAAACACAAGAUACUGCGUAAUUCUAUUAUUCACUAAAUACAGGCUGGUAGAAGUCAAAUAUCCCUUGCGAUCUAGCUCCCUUACCAAUCGAGUGACUAGAUAAGUGAGAAAUACAUAAAAAAGAAAAAAAGUCAAACUAAAAUUGAAAAACCUAGUAAUGUAAUAAAGUAUGGGCGAAAUUACCAAAAAAAAGACAAUCAUAUUU